AUCUUUGUUCGAUUGUAUCGUCACUCAUUCAUCCAAUAGAGAGAGAAGUGACCCUAUCUAUCUACUUAUAAAGUGCAACAAAACGCACACCAAACGGCUAUAAUUGGCGUUAAGAAUUCCAAUUACUACAAUUUUUUCCAAAUUCCAAUUACUACAAUUUUUUCCAAAUUCCAAUUACAAUACAAAAAACCUCUCUUUUCUGUUCAAUUAAGAGAGAGAAACAAACAUAGCCUCAAAAACCAAAGAUCAUUACUGGGUUUUUGCCUCUUUACAUUUUUCCUUUUUAUUUUUCAUUUUUUGUCACCUUUUAUUUAAAAGGGUUUUCAAUUUACAGUAUCCAUAAACAAAUUCUCCACUUUUCUUUCCUUUUUUGCAUUUUCUAUUUUUAUAUAUUUUCCAACACGCACACACAAAAAAAAAAACAUAAACUUUUGUUUUUGUUUUCGUUGGUUGUUCUUCACCAUGUCUGAGAGCUAUAUUAAUUCGAAGAAAACUGAUGAUAUCUGCGAUGAUGUUUGUGGACAGCAGGGAACACCUGCAGCACUGAGUAUGUCGAGACUGAGGUGUAUUUUCCGAGGAUUGGACUUCAGGACAUAUAUAUUCAUGUUUGUGAUAAUCCCGGUAGGCUUCUUUGUUAUUUAUUUGCAUGGUCAGAAAAUAUCAUACUUUCUGAGACCGUUGUGGGAAUCUCCACCGAAACCGUUUCAUGAAAUCCCUCACUAUUAUCAUGAGAAUGUGUCGAUGAAGUCUCUUUGCAAACUUCAUGGGUGGGGAAUUCGCGAAUCACCUAGACGAGUCUUUGAUGCUGUUUUGUUUAGUAAUGAAGUUGACAUGCUUACUAUCCGGUGGAAAGAAAUGUAUCCGUAUGUUUCUCAGUAUGUACUUCUCGAAUCAAACUCAACGUUUACAGGAUUUGUCAAACCGUUGAUUUUCGCAAGCAAUCGAGACAAGUUCAAGUUUAUUGAGGAACGGCUGACAUAUGGGGUUAUUGGUGGAAGAUUUAGGAAAAAGGAAAAUCCUUUCGUUGAGGAGGCGUAUCAAAGAGUUGCCUUGGAUCAGCUUCUGAGGAUAGCAGGCAUUGAAGAUGAUGAUCUUUUGAUAAUGUCUGAUGUUGAUGAGAUUCCUAGUGCACACACAAUUAAUCUCUUGAGGUGGUGCGACGAAAUCCCUCCGAUACUUCACCUUCAACUGAGGAAUUACUUGUAUUCUUUCGAGUUUUUUCUCGACAACAAAAGUUGGAGAGCGUCAAUCCAUAGAUACCAAGCUGACAAGACAAGGUAUGCACACUAUAGACAAUCCGAUCUACUGUUGUCGGAUGCUGGCUGGCAUUGCAGCUUUUGUUUCCGCCAUAUCAGUCAAUUUGUAUUUAAGAUGAAAGCUUACAGCCACUACGAUCGGGUGCGGUUUCCUCAUUACUUAAAUCCUGACCGAAUUCAGAAUGUGAUAUGUAAAGGGGCUGACUUAUUCGACAUGCUUCCUGAAGAGUAUACAUUUAAGGAGAUCAUCGGAAAACUAGGACCUAUUCCUCAUUCUUAUUCCGCAGUGCAUCUUCCUGCAUAUUUGUUAAAUAACGCCGAUAGAUACAAGUACUUGUUACCUGGUAACUGCAAAAGAGAAAGUGGCUGACUCCAAAUGUAGGUGUUUCCUUUAAUUUUGGUACAAAUUGAGCUUUAUUGAAUGAUUCUUAGGGUCAUUCUUUAGAGGGAUACUCAGAUAGAUAAGCCUGAUAAGAUUUUGAAAUUUGACAGGAAACCACUGUUUAUCCAAUUUUCAAUCCUUAUGGAUUGUGGAGAGACAUGUGAGAUUCUCAAGUGAGGAGAAUGAGGGAAAACUAGUUUUUUUUAAUGGCUUUUGGGCAAGCUUUUGUACCUUAUCUCUAGGUUUGCAUAAACCCUAAUAGUUGCUUGUCGUAUCCCGAGCUCUUCUUGUGGGAAUUUGGAUUUUAUCGGAUAAGUUAUACACAUAACAACCACUUUGGUUGCUUACUGAUUUUAACUUUUAAUUCAAUUG